CAACCCGAGCUGUUAUGUCAUGGCUUGUUGAUUGAAUCAAAAAGGCCAAAAACAAGGAAGAAGAUCCGAACCCGAAAGACGAACCUAACCUAAAAAAUAAACAACAUGCAAGAUUGCGACUUGCGCCGCAAAUCUAAACGUAUAACCUCAAAGUGUGGAACGUAUAGAGUGAAAUCUUAUUAUUUCCUGUAAUAGAGAGGGAAAUGUCUUAAAAAAUGUCAAAUUAACUCUGCAUUUUCAAUGAAGAUGAGUCACAUAAUAGUGAUACGCAGUUACAAACCUGGCGACGAAGUAACUUGUCGUGAGAUGGUAAAGGAUGCUGUGAUGUCUUCGAUGAACGCCGAAUUUUUGGGAAAUUUAUUGAAGGAGUUUACUUUCCAGUUGAUGAUUCUUUUUGCAGCUAUUAUGUUCAUAUUCUUUGGUUUGCCGUUCACAAUUUGUUUCACUGUCAUUCCUGCCGUUAUUUUUUUCAUGUACGUUGGAACGUAUGCAGGAUACGCAACGAAAGCUAUGGAAGUUGAUCAAGAAAUAAGCAGGAUUCCAAGAUUCUACAUGGCGAAUGCAUUUUCCUGCUUUUGGGUAGCGGAAGCCUUCGAACCGUAUUUGAUGUCCCGUCAUCCGAGCCAAGUACAUUACACAAUCAUGACCGAAGAUCAAUUUCGUGAAUCGAACAUUGAUGUUUCUUCGCAAGCGAAAAAAAUCGUUGGGACAAUUGCAUUAGCCAAGAGUCGGAGUGUGGAAAAAGGUGCGUGGAUCAAACGACUAUGUGUUCACAGAAAUUACAGGAGGAAAGUGACAGCCAAAAGGUCCACCUCCUAGAGACAGUUUGCUAACUUUAAGACCAGUCUUUCCAAGUGUUCUGUAUUCUACUGUUUUUACGGCAUCCAGGUCAUGGAAUCCUUCGACAUAAGUUGGGGGUAAAGGUUUCCUGAAAUCAAGUACUUUUAUCUUAAAGCUCUUAUUAGAUAAGAUUAAUACUUUUUAAUUUCUUCUGGAGUGAAAAAUAGAACUGAUA